UGCCGGCGCGAUUAGAAAUUACAUAUGACAACUGAGUAGUUGUUGGGUUAACCUUAAAUAGAUCAAUAUGUUAGAAAACGUAAAGCACGUAAUUUUGGUGCUCUCUGGCAAAGGGGGUGUAGGGAAAUCCACUGUCAGCACGCAAUUGGCUUUGACACUGAAAGAGAAAGGAUUUAAGGUCGGAUUGCUCGACAUCGAUUUGUGCGGUCCGAGCGUCCCAUAUUUGCUGCAAUUGGAGGGAAAAGAUGUGCACCAAUGUCCUCAAGGAUGGGUCCCGGUUUACACAGAUGCAGGACAAAAGUUGGGAGUGAUGUCCAUCGGGUUCCUGCUGGAUGAUAGGAACAGUUCUGUGGUAUGGAGGGGUCCGAAGAAGACAGCAAUGGUGAAGCAGUUCCUCACAGACGUCUACUGGGGCGAUUUGGACUACCUGAUCAUAGACACUCCACCUGGAACGUCGGAUGAGCACAUCACUGUGAUGGAGAACCUGAAGCAGGUCAAAUGCGAUGGGGCCGUAAUCGUGACUUCGCCGCAGGAGGUCGCCAUCGAGGACGUGCGGAAGGAGAUCACGUUCUGCAAGAAAACCGGCAUUCCCAUCAUCGGCAUCGUCGAGAACAUGAGCGGAUUCGUCUGUCCGAACUGCACCGAAUGCAUCAACAUCUUCAGCUCCGGUGGUGGAUCAGCUUUGUCGAAUCUGCUGCAGAUUCCGCUGCUGGGAACGUUGCCCAUCGAUCCGAACGUGGGUGCGCUACUGGGAAAGGCCUGCGUCGUCGACUUUCCGGAAUCCACAGCCGCCAAAGUGUUCCACCAGAUAGUCGAUGCCAUUUCCAAAGAGGUUUAACCAUAGAUUUAAACU